AUGUCUGGCUGUGCUUCUCUUCAGAUGGACGACUGGACCAAGGUUUCAGACCCUGCUGAGCGCCGCAAGAUACAGAACCGCAUAGCCCAACGUCACUAUCGCUCGAAGCUUAAGAAGAGGCUUGAGGAAGCUGAGAGCAUCAUCGCAUCGGAAUCACACUCUGUCAGCGAUGGUCAGCCUAAGCAGCCCCGCCCUAGAGGCCGUGCGAAGACCGCCAAAACAGGCCAACGCCGCAAUCGUGCCACAGGGCCGCAAGGCCGAAGCAUCGCGCCAGCGCCAGCGCCACAGCAGCAGCAGGAGCGCAAAGAAGAGUGCUCUACCGCUCUGCCGCCAGCCGUGCACUCGCUACUUCCAAUAUCUGGUGGAGCUGGAGGACACCCGGCGCAGGACACCAGUUCUUCCCUUCCAACCUUCUACGCCUCGACAACCAUGCCAGUCAGCUCUGCCACACCACUCUCUGAAUGCCUUGCACCAAAUGUGUGCUACAACAAUGACGACAGCCCUUUCAACGAAGGCUACCUGGCUAUGAACGGGUAUUGGUUGCCGGCUUAG